AAACUCGAUUCUUCUCAAUGACUCGCUCACUGAAUGGCAUCGGGUACUUCAUGUUACAUGGAUUCCCGUUGACGUUAGCUUUCGGUAACGGGGAUGAGUAAGUGAACGACUUAACAGAGACGAGUAACGUAUGAGUCCCCAUUCUUGUGAGUUUUGAAUGACUCGUCCAUUGUUCGCACAUUUCCAGUCCACGCGCCCAGCAUUCCAAGCUCGAUCAGAUGAGAGUUGAUGUCGUGGCGCGUCACGUGUGCCUUCAAACUUUUUUUUUUUUUAAUUGGCCAACGUGCGCGCACGUGAGCGAAGCGGUUGCGCCAGUAAAAGCGCGCACAUUGUUUCCGUCACGCAGUAAAGUGGCGGCCGGAUCGUCUGGCCUCCCGACCCCGCCUGGGUCCCUCCAGGCUGCAGCCCUCAUUACGGCGCCGCACACCUGCUUCUCAUUGGGCCGCCACCACGCUACUGCUCCUUUCAUCUUUACAAGGAGAUCGUUAAAACAGAAAUCCUUCUCAGCUUGAUGACUCUUGGGGCGUUUUAGUGCGGUAACUAGCGGCUAAUGCUAACUUCACGAGCGCGCCACUGGAGCCCAUAUAUACGUUGAAUAGUUGUUUUAUCGGCAAGUACAAUGCUCUAUCAUCAAGAUAUUCACUUUACGUGACUAUAACUUUAUUUUACUGCAUUGUUUGUUUACACUAGGUAACUUUAAGCACAAGUUCAUGCUAGCAGUUGGCUAGCUUGAUUAGCAUAAACAAUGUUGGUGGACUUGGUAGCUAAUGUUUGCUAGCCAAUCAAAUGCGAGAACCCCAAUGCUGUCAAUCGAAGCAUGACGAUGAGGUUGUGUUUCCCACUGGGCUGGCGGGAGGAUAAAUCCUUCAAUUUAAUCUUUUGCUUUUUAAAAGCAUCCUGAGCUCCCAGCAGGGGGUGGGAGGGGCGCACCGCCCCCCCCCCAAUAAAAGGUAGGAAUCUUACCUGAUGGCUUUCAUCAGACAGCUUCCGUUUUAACGAUGUUACGUUUUGAAAACAUGUUCUAUAUUUUUUCACCAUCGUAUUGGUCGUCACGGAGACACGUGCGAAGCUCCUCCCACAAGGAAAAGCCGCAGGUCAGAAACGCCCUUUUGCUUUUAUUAUUUAGUAUUUAGCUUAUUGUAUUUUAUAAUUGAUUAUCCAUACCAUUGUUGCAUUAGUAUUUAUAUUUUAUUGGUAUUAGUUUUAUUUGUAUUUGUACUUUAUUUAUCCCACAGCGGGGAAAUUCACUAAUUUUUAAUAUUUUUAUUUAAUAUUUUAAUAUUUUUAGUAUUUUAUUUGAUCCGUAUGAUUGUAUUUAUUUUAAUUUUAUAUUGUCUUAAUGUUGUAUUAGUUUAUUAGUGUUACAAUAAUAUAACAUGAAUAAAGUAUGUUAGGGUUUUUAUUUUAAUAUUACUGUUAAUAUAAUAGUUUAUUAUAUUAAUUGUGUUGUUAGUAUUGUUUUAAUGUUGUAUUUUAGCGUUUAUUAUAAAUGUUGGGGUUGUUUUAUAAUUAAAGUAAUUAUAAAAAUAAUGUAUUUUAUAAUACAAAGUAUUUUAAGAUGACUGUAUUAGUGUUAUUGUAAUACUAGUUUAAUAUUUGAAUAGUAUUAUUUAAUUAGUAUUGUGGUAAUAGUAUAAGUUUAUUGUUGUUACGUUAGUAGUAGUAGUAGUCAAGGUGCCAGCAGAGGUCAAGUUUCACUCCACCUUCGAGAGAGAGAGAGAGAGAGAGAGAGAGAGAGAGAGAGAGAGAGAGAGCGAUGUGAGCUCCAUCAUUGCAGGAGGAGAAGAGGAGGAAGAGGAGUGGAGGAUCUUCCAUGAUGAAGGAGUUAGGUGUUGUGGUGCGUGUGUUCUUGUUGUGUGUGUUGCAAACAGGAACUGAGUCCCAGGAGGCGUCUGAGGGUGUGAGGCGGGGGUUGACAUGGCGCCAUAACGGCCAGGUCUUCAGCAUCCUGAGCCGUGCGUCUCAGUACCGGCCGGCCGGUGCCAGAAGCGGCGUCGGCGUCGUCCUGCUGAGUGGCAACGACACCUCGGCCCGUGUGGCCCCCCGCCCACCCGUGGCCAGCGGCGCCGCUCAGUUACGAGCCGUGGCGCGUCAGCGACCGCUCACGCGGCAGGAGCCCUCUGCACCGCAGCGGCGGGAGGACAUGAUGGUGGGGGACGACCCGUACAACCCGUACAAGGCGUCCAACUACUACCAGUACUACAACUACUACAAUUCCUACUACAGACCCAGAACCUGGACCCCACACUGGCACGGUUACGGAACCAGGUACCAUAAGAACGGUCUCCCUGACCUGGUCCCUGACGCCUACUACAUCCAGGUGGGCUCCUACAUCCAGAAACUUCCUAUGUACAACCUACGCUGUGCUGCCGAGGAGAACUGCCUCGCCUCUUCUGCGUCUUACGCUCAUGAAUACGACACCAGGGUUCUGUUGAGGUUCCCUCAGCGCGUCAAGAACCAGGGAACAUCCGACUUCCUGCCCAGCAAACCUCGCUACUCCUGGGAGUGGCACAGCUGUCACAAUCACUUUCACAGCAUGGACGAGUUCAGCUUGUACGAGCUGCUGGACGCCGAGACGCACACGGCAGUGGCUGAGGGACACAAGGCCAGCUUCUGUCUGGAGGACACGUCCUGCGAGGCCGGGUACUACCGACGCUAUGCCUGCACCUCAUACACGCAGGGUUUGAGUCCCGGAUGCUACGACAUUUACAACGCAGACAUCGACUGUCAGUGGAUCGACAUCACCGAUGUGUCUCCUGGAAAAUACAUCCUGAAGGUGACCGUCAACCCCAAGCAGAAGGUUCCGGAAUCCAGCUUUGACAACAACGUGGUCCGCUGUGACGUCCACUACACAGGAAGUGCUGCGCACGUGUCAGGAUGCCGGGCCACCUCGUGAGAAGAGGGGUGAGGGCUCGCUCGAGCGGCGUCAAAGGUGGACUUCAGAACAACGAACAUUUAACAUCUUAUGUUGACAUUAUUUCGGUGUUGAAGUGACGAAACACACUUCCAAUCAAUAAACGUUUGUCUUUUAAGCAAAUAAACGUGUUUCAGU